UAAUUAAUAUUAAUACGCUUAUGUUUUCUUCAAGUUCUAUAUACACUAAGGUGGAGUAAAAUACAACUGAGUUUCACUUUUUAUACAGUUAAAAUGGGUGGCCAGGUUUCAAGAAAGGAUUUUGAAUGGUCCUACACAGAGGAACCUCAUGCAACAAGAAGAAAAGAGAUCCUUAAAAAAUAUCCCGAAAUCAAGAAGUUAAUGGUAGUCGAUCAUCACUUUAAAUUUCAAGUUCUCUCGUUGGUCAUACUACAAAUGAUUGUCGCAUAUUUGGUGGGUCGUUAUGCAAACUGGGUGAUGGUCUUUGUCCUGGGAUAUUGCUUCGGUGGUGUGGUUAACCAUGCUUUACUUCUUGCCAUCCACGAAAUUUCGCAUAGUGCAGGAUUUGGAUAUUCCAAACCGUGGCAUAACCGUAUAUUGGGGAUGAUUGCCAACAUACCAAUAGCUAUUCCUGUUACCUUCUCAUUCAAGAAAUACCAUUUAGAACAUCAUCGAUACCAAGGGCAAGAUGUACUAGAUGUAGAUAUUCCAAGUGAAAUGGAAACAAAGCUAUUCACAAAUACCUUCACGAAGCUAAUUUGGGUUAUUCUUCAACCGUUCUUCUAUAGUAUUCGUCCUCUCUUUGUCAACCCAAAACCACCAACUACCAUGGAAAUUGUAAACCUUGUAUCCCAAGCUGCCCUAGAUAUCUUUGUAAUAAAUUACUUUGGAGGAAAAGCUUUGGUGUACUUGCUUGCCAGUAGCUUGUUAGGGAUGGGCUUACACCCUGUUGCAGGUCACUUCAUCUCGGAGCAUUAUAUGUUCCGAAAAGGAUUUGAAACGUAUUCAUACUACGGACCAUUAAACAUGGUCACAUUUAAUGUAGGGUACCAUAAUGAGCACCAUGAUUUUCCAAGUAUCCCAGGAUCAUUGUUGCCAAAAGUUCGAGAAAUUGCCCCAGAAUAUUACGACAACCUCCCACACCAUACAUCAUGGGUGAAGGUAUUGUAUGACUAUAUCACCGACCCUGAAAUCGGUCCUUAUUCAAGAGUAAAACGCAACCAAGCAUUAAGUAAUAUGGAAGAUCUGAAGAUGAAUUCAAAAGCAAAAUGACUUAAAUUUUCACCUCUAUGCAUGUAUAAUACAAGCAGGUUUUGUUAAAAUAUAUAUUCAACUGUCUAUGUAUACUUAGUUAUGAUUACCAUGAUUGCAUAGGUUUCUGCAACUGUUUAUUUUAUGGUAAUCAAUGUUGAAAAAUAAAUGUGUAGUUCACUUUUGAUGUUACUUAAACAUCAAAAGGAUAAGCAAUAGGUUCAAGCUAUUAUGAACAAUGGUGAUUUCCAUCUUAUGGAAGAUUCUAUUUGGGAUGUCAAUACUUUGGUUAAAAAAUUAAAUAACAUAAUUACAAAAUGGAAAUAAUGUGAGCUUUGAUGACUUGCAUUAGCUUAAUAUGUGGCAAGAUUCUGUUACACAUGGCAUGAAAAUGUGGCAACAAAGUUGGCAAUUAUUAUUGAUGUACAA